AUGGGCUGGUUAACCAUUCCAAGGUAUACCGUGUCUUUAAAGAGUCAAGCUUUCAAAACCACGAAAACCGUCCCUGAUACCGUUUCUAAGCGGCAGUGCGCAGCGCGAUCACAGACGCGUCGGACGCUCGCGACACUGCGGCACGUGAAGCAUCUGCGCGUCAGAAACAUCACAAGAUGCGUCUUCGUGCGCGUUGCGUCGUGUCGUGGUGCUGAUGCUGAUGCUGAUGCUGAGCAGACUGCACGUGCAUGCGCGGAUGAACUCGAUGCAGUGAUUUCACUGGACCUGAUCCACUGCAACAUCUGCCAGCGGCAGUGCGCAGCGCGAUCACAGACGCGUCGGACGCUCGCGACACUGCGGCACGUGAAGCAUCUGCGCGUCAGAAACAUCACAAGAUGCGUCUUCGUGCGCGUUGCGUCGUGUCGUGGUGCUGAUGCUGAUGCUGAUGCUGAGCAGACUGCACGUGCAUGCGCGGAUGAACUCGAUGCAGUGAUUUCACUGGACCUGAUCCACUGCAACAUCUGCCAGCGUGUGGGCCGCUCUCCGGUGAGCCUGUCCAGACUGAAGCUGGGGAAGUUAAAGGUGGUCCGGCGGCAGCUGCUGCAGAGAUAUGAGCACCAGCCGUUCGUCUCUUGUCUGGGCGGUCUGUACGGUUGCCAGUGGAGGCGCUAUCAGAGAGCCAAAACCCAGCCGGGAGAAUGCUGCUGCAGCCGGCUGGAAUGUGGUAGCUUCGCUCUCAUCAUUGUGACUUUUUUCUUGACACUGGUGUUGCUGUAUUUCUGGAGUGAAGCAGAGAAUGAUUAUAAUGACUUUGACUGGUUUAAUUUUGGGAACUUGGGUUUCUGGUUCCCGUGGUCAGUGGUGUUGUUGGUGGCGGCAGCGGCGCUCUUCACCUACAUCGCCCUCCUGCUGGUCCUAGCAGUUUGUCUUCUGUCUGAAGGUCAGCGGCUUUACCUCCACUGGAGCCACAAGAUUGGUAUCCUGGUGACUCUGAGUUUCUCCAUCAGCGCCACAGCUGUCCUCUCUGAUCUGUGGAGUAAAGAGUGGACCACGCUGCUCCUCUCGUUUCAGGUGACAGCACCCUAUCUUCAUUUGGGCGGAGUUUCACUGAUGACACUUCUGUCUUGGCCAAUAGCCUUACACUUCUUUCGCAUGAACAAAAGAGAGAGACAGGUGGUUAUCCUGAGUCUGUAUUUGGCUGUUCUCUUCACGCUGUAUCUGGUGCCGCUGGGCAUGUAUUCUCCAUGUAUCCAAGAUGAGGGAACCCUGGGACCAGCGCCCAUUCUCAUCGGACACAGAGGAGCACCCAUGUUAGCACCAGAGAACACACAGCUGUCCUUCGAGAGAGCCGUAGAGGCGGGUGGAGAGGGAUUAGAGACUGAUGUCACAAUCAGUUAUGAUGGUAUUCCGUUCCUUAUGCACGACACCACACUGAGGAGAACCACAAACGUGCACGAGAUGUUUCCAAACCGAACAGACGCCCCGGCAGCGAUGUUCACCUGGAGCGAGCUGGAGAUCCUCAACGCUGGAUCGUGGUUCCUUCAGAAGGACCCUUUCGGUACGGUGUCUUUUCUCGAUGUACAGGAGAAGGUUCAGAUCCAGAAUCAGACCAUACCCACCCUGAAAGAGCUUCUGAACCUGGCUGCCCAGCACAGGAGUCUGGUGAUCUUUGACCUCAGACGGCCACCCAGAGGUCAUCCGUACAGAGACACGUGGAUCAGUCGCACCCUGGAGGUGAUACAUAACGAAUCCUCCAUUAACUCUAGUCAGGUGUUGUGGUUGCCGGCUGAUCAGAGGAGUCUGGUACAGGAGCUGGACCCAGAUUUACAGCAGACGUCUGGAGAUCACGGCACCCUCGCCGAGCUUCAGGAGGAACAUAUAGUCCGACUCAACCUCCAUUACAGCCACAUGUCACAGGAGCAGAUCAGAAAGUACGCAUCAGUGAACAUCAGUACUAAUCUGUAUGUGAUCAGUCAGCCGUGGCUGUAUUCUCUGGCGUGGUGUGCAGGAGCUCAUUCAGUGACCACUAACGCUCUUCACAUUCUGAAGAAACUCCAGCGGCCGCUCUUUCUCAUGACUCCUGAAGACUACAGUUUAAUGUGGAGUCUCACGGACAUCGUCUCGGCGUUCCUCAUCGCCGCUGUUUUUAUAUUCCACUGGUGGCGUGAGAGAGGUUUACCUUUCUGGUCUGGCAGCAGACAGGUGAAUGAGAACGGACCGUACAGCAAGUUCAGGACCGAGCUCAGUGACGUCUGGUCCAUCUCCAGCAUCGGCGUUCGAGGAGAACCUCACAACUCACCAGCCACUCCGAACCUGCCCACCAUCUCAGAAGAGCCGCCUGUCUGAUACAGACAUCUGUGGGAAAGAGAUGUGGAUGGACCACAGUGUCCGUGAGAUCUUUAUUUUGUCCGUUUCCACAUGAGCUUCAGACUGAUGUGAUGCUGCAUAGAGUUCAGCUUCUGAUGGGAAGCCGUUCAUGAUACCUCACUGACCCAAAGAGAAAAAAGGAACGUUUUUAUAGUCCUGCCAAAGUGGCAAAACGCAGUCCCAAAUGGACGUUGUUGAGAAAAUUGAUUCAUAUUUUGAAUUUCAGGAUGAACUGAGUUGCAUAUGACACUAUAUUUAACAUGUUUAUAUCAUGUUUAAAGUUCAAUUUGGUAUUUAAAAUUAUAUUUUAAGGACCAUUUGGAUUUGUGACAGUUUUUAAAUGUUAGCACAUUUUUCAUUUAUGACCAAUUAUUAUUUAAAAUGUUAAUUAAAAAGAAUGUAACUAUCUAAUUUAUUUAUUUUACGAUUACUAUAAAUGAAGAGUUUGGUUCCAAAAUUAAAAAUUUUAAAUUAUAAAAAAAUACUUUUUUCAUUGUGCAUUUCAAUUAAUAUCACUUAAACUGCUCAGUAAUGAUGUUUUGGAACCAAACUCUUCAAACACUGCUGUAUAAUUCACAAUAGUUUUUUUUAUCUCAUGACAUUUUGAGGGUUGCAGAAAUGUGCUAAACAUAAAAAUGUCACAAUGCGAAACAUCGAGUCCUAUAAAAUCCUUUGAUUCUGUGUAAAAGUAAAUCCCUCAGGAAGUACUGCGUUGGUCAGAUAUUAAACUUCAGUACUUUGUUUAAAUAUCACGGUACAUGUUCAUGUGUAUAAUGUGAUAUUUCAAUGCUACUUCUUCAUAGAAUACUGUAGUACUACAAUGGUAGUGCCAUAACAUGUUUACUUUAGUGACAUAUCAACUGUAUUUUUAUGAGUUGGUUGGCACGAGGAGAUGAGAGGUCAUUCUGUUUCUCCUGCUUCUGUGAAGUUAUUUUUCAUCAUGUGAAUGACUCGGUUUGCCUGUUUGACAUCCUGAUGCACAAAGUGUAGCGCACGGCAAAUAAAAACAAAGAAACUGCUCGUCAUUGCAAAGGCAUAUUUCAGACCUCUUUGGAAACAUUGAAGAUGUCCGUUUCAUUGCAUGAUGUCACACAAUCAUGAAUAAAAAUCAGACAAUGUGAAAUUGUUAGUUCUGAUAAAGAGCUUUUACUUACUGAGAAAUAUCAUCAGCUUGUAGUGACAAACGUAAUUAUAAUAUAGCCACUGUUUCCAGUCAAGUGAUGAGUGAAGAUUUGGGUUUGACGUUUACUGAAACUCCAGACAUGAGCUUUCCAUUGAAUGAUGAAACCUUUUGCCUGUAUAAAUGCAAUGCGGAGUAUGUUUCUAUUUAAUCUGUAACAUAUGUUUGUAUAUGUGACUGUAAACCGAUCUUAAACAGAAUUCUGAUAAGACGUUUUUGUUGUGACUAUAUAAACAUUUUAACUUCAA